AUGUCCAAAGCAUUGUGUUUGUAUGCGUUCGACACAUUGUACUCGGAACUCAAGCACUCCAAGCCACUUGCAUUAGCUUCCAUUGUUUCGGAGGUCCAUGAAGCCCCUGACAGCUUUCCUAAUAAAGCUCCAUUAUUCGUCACCUGGGACAAAGAUGACAACCUUAGAGGAUGUAUUGGAACAUUUGCAGCACAACCAAUUGAACGGGGUGUCAAGCGGUUUGCGUUAACAGCCGCCCUCGAGGACCCCCGGUUCCCGUCAAUAUCGUUGGCAGAGCUCCCUCAUUUAUCUUGUGAUGUUACAUUAUUGGAUAACUUCACGCCCAUCAGCGAUGCUUUGUCCUGGAAGGUUGGUACUCAUGGACUCAAGCUUUCGUUUGAGUACGACGGGCGGUAUUAUUCGGGCACUUUCUUGCCUAGUGUGGCAGAAGAACAACAGUGGGACCAGCUUACGACCUUGUGGUACUUGCUCAGAAAGGCUGAUUACAAUUCAGUGUCCAAGAGCAAUACGUUGAAGUUUUAUAGCGAGGGAUUGAGCCAGGGAUGGAUGGAGCUUGAAACAUACGAGGGGUUGAAGCACACUUUGGGGUACGACGAGUACAAGAAGUUCAAGUCUUAG